AUGAAAGCAAUUCUGACGGGGUCCACGGGAUUCAUUGGGGGAGAAAUCCUCAACCAAUGUAUUGCACAUCCACAAAUCACGUCGAUUGUGGCCCUGUCUCGCCGUGCCCUGCCUGAGCCAGCUGCGAGUAGCUCGAAGGUCAAAGUUGUUAUUCUUCAGGACUUCACGAACUAUCCAGAUUCGGUCCUGGACGAGCUCAGAGACGCGGACUUUUGCAUAUGGGCGCUGGGCACAUAUACCGGCGGUGCAGAGGUCGAAGCUGGCUAUCCACUAGCAUUUUGCGAGGCGAUUGCCAAAGCCCGCAUUGGAACGACCACCAAGAUGUUUCGAAUGGUCUAUCUGAGCGGCAUGUUCGUGAUCAAUGACCAGAAUGCUUCGCUGUGGUUUUUCACCACAACUCGCAAGGCCAAGGGACUCGCCGAGACAAGGCUGCUGGCCUUUUCCGACGAGCAGAAACAGAACAACCAAAACUGGGAAUCAUAUGUAGUCAGGCCCGGUGGUGUGCUACACAAGCAGACAGCUGGUCUGAACACAGCCACCUACGGAAACAGACUCGUGAUCGGCGUCAGUGUGCUCGCGGUGGCACUGAUCGAGACAGCUUUGGAGGGGAACCCUGAAAACAAGAUAUUUCAUGGCGCCCUGGUCGAGAAGGGAAGAUCUGCGCUCCAAAAGGCCAAGUGA